CUCAUUUUUGAUAGGACUGACUGACCACGCGGACUACAAUCACCACCCCGGAAGUAGUGAAAAGUACCAAAGUCUAAUUUAAAGAAGAAAGACGGUCCAAAGAUCAUCGAGAGGAACAAAUGAGAGUUCUUCUUCACUCCUUGCAAGUCGUCAGGAGUUUGUCUUAUCGACAGCUGCCAAAACCGGCCUGGCGAGGUCUGUGUAGUGCAGUGAUGCGCCUGGUGCAGUUUCAUUGUCAUGGCGACGAAGGAUCAGUCAGAGUGGGAGUGGAGCACAGCGAUGGGCUUGGCGUGGUGGAUCUGACAGCGUUUGACCCCUCCAUGCCCUCUACAAUGAGAGGCCUUCUGGAGCUUGGAGACAAGGGCCUGGAAUGUGCGCAGAGAGCCUUGUCGUCUGGUCAGUGUGUGGUGCAGCAGUCGGACAUCAGGUUGCUGUCUCCGGUGUUGUCUCCAGACAAGGUGGUAUGUGUGGGGCUGAACUACCGCGACCACUGCUUGGAGCAGAACGCCCCAAUCCCGAAAGAACCCAUCAUUUUCAGCAAGUUCCCCAGUGCCAUCACAGGGCCGUAUGAUGACAUCACUCUCCCGUCAGACAGCAAGGAGGUGGACUGGGAGGUUGAGCUGGCCUUCGUGAUUGGACGACGGGGAAAACACAUCAAGGAGGAAGAUGCUCUCUCCUACGUGGCAGGAUUUACUGUGGCCAAUGACGUCAGUGCGCGUGACUGGCAGUUGAACCGCAAUGGGAAGCAGUGGCUGCUGGGAAAAACAUUUGACAGCUUCUGUCCUCUUGGUCCCGCCUUAGUAACAACUGCAGCUGUGACAGAUCCUCACAGCCUGGGGAUCCGCUGUCUUGUUAACAGAGAGAGAGUCCAGAACAGCAACACUGAUCAGAUGAUCUUCAAGACUGAGGCAUUGGUUGCCUGGGUCUCAAAGUUCGUGACAUUAACUCCCGGUGAUGUGUUCUUGACAGGAACCCCUCCUGGUGUGGGUGUGUUCAGAAAGCCACCAAAAUUCCUGAAGAAAGGAGACGUGGUGGAAUGCCAGAUAGACCAGCUAGGAUCUAUAAUCAACAGAGUGGUCUAAACUGUGGGACAAACUGCUCAGAACACCAAUUUCUCACUGAAUCAUCAACUCAUCUGUUAAAAUACACCAACUAAAAAUAAUAAGUAGCUUUGAUCACAAACUAUUAUUCAGAGAAAGCUUUCUGUCCUAAUCACGGAGGACCAACUGAAGAUAUUUUAAGCAACGUGUUUCACAUUUCUUCCAUAAUUGUAUGGAGUGAGUGUGUGACGUUGUUACUCUUUGAUGCAGUGUAUAAUUAUGUGACUCAACAGGGUGUUUGUAAACUGUUGUUUACUCAUCACCGGCUCUUAAACACCCUGUCAGGAACUACCCAUUUACGUUCUAUAGUAGAAACCUGCUGGU